AUGGAGCUGAAGAAGGACAGCAACGCCGUGUCCAUCGACAUGCUGCUGAUAGUGCACUCGGAGAAGCGGCGCGCUGCGCAGGGCACGCACUCGGACCGGCAGGCGGACCCGGGCGCGCUGCUGCUGCAGCACCGAGGAGGAUUCCAGGGUGUUGGAAACGGAAUCCGAAGAUGGCAGAAAUUAGAAGGAAACAAUCUUCAUGGAAACCUGGCAGAGAAACUGCACCCUCAGCAGACCCAGGUCAUCACGUCGCAUGACAACCAAGGGACACAGCUGACUGUAGAGGUCCACUCUCGAGACGCCAUGCCCCAGCUGCUCAAGAAGUUCUCCUUGGCUAAAUGUUUGCAAGGUGAUAAAAAUGGAAACACAAGACCCCGGCAGCCUGGAGGGAAAGAUGCCCAUGCCUACCCCUGGAAUCGGUCUGGCCUGAAAUCCAUGUCACUCGACCUGCAGCUGUUUGAGAAACUGGACACCUAUGCCUCACAGGUGACGGUCAAGAGUGGCCUGGAUGAGCUGGUGAGUGACCUGCUCCAGGAGGCCCACAGCGACCUGGAGAGGGUCCGUGCCAUCUGGAUCUGGAUCUGCCACCACAUAGAGUACGACGUCGCAGCUGCCCAGGAGAAGGACCACCAAGCCUUCAAACCCACUGUCAUCCUGCAGACCCAGAAGACCAACUGCGACGGCUAUGCCGGGCUCUUUGAGAAGAUGUGCAGGAUUGCAGGGGUGCAGUGCGUGACCGUGCCUGGCUACUCCAAGGGCUUCGGCUACCAGACGGGACAGAGCUUCUCGGGGGAGUUCGACCAUGCCUGGAACGCUGUGUACCUGGAGGGGAGAUGGCACCUGGUGGACAGCACCUGGGGCAGCGGCCUGGUGGACAAGACCACCUCCAAGUUCACCUUCCUCUACAAUGAAUUCUACUUCCUCACCCAUCCGGCACUGUUCAUCGAGGACCAUUUCCCAGACAAUAAGAACUGGCAACUGCUCAAACCUCCUCAAUCCCUGAGGCAGUUUGAGAACAAUAUGUAUCACAAGAGUGAAUUCUACAACAAGGGGAUGCUGAGCGCCCACCCGGAGACCCCUGUGAUCACAACAGUGAAUGGGAAGGCCCUGGUCACCAUCGAGAGCUGCGGCCCUACCCUCUUCAUGUUUAUGCUCAAUGGCAAGCAGGAGCACGGGCUACUGAGCCUCAGGAAAAAUGGGAUGAAGCUGGAGGUGUACCCUCCAACCAUGGGCACUCACAAGCUGCAGAUCUUUGCCAAAGGCAGCUCUGACAUCUACAGCUCAGUGCUGGAGUACACGCUCAAGUGCAACUAUGCAGAUGUCGAUGCCCGGCUGCCGGCCGAGCUGCACCAGCCCGUAGGCCCCAGCUGGUUCUCGGAGCAGAUGGGUGUGGUGAAGCCCUCGCACCCUGACCCCAUCAUCCACACCAGUGAUGGGCGCUGCUCCAUCAGCUUCAGUGUGAAGGAGGGCAUCAGCAUCCUGGCGUCCCUGCACGGGGACAAGGGCCUCGUCACCGAGGAGAUGCAGCGGCGCUACAUCUUCCAGAUGCACCGGGAGAAGCGGACAGAGCUGAAAGUCCAGCUGCCUCAUGCCGGCAAGUUUGCCCUCAAGAUCUUUGUAAAGAAGAGGCAGGAACCGGGAAACUACAUCUUUGUCUUCAAUUACCUCCUGUGCUGCACCAACACCAAGGUGAACUGGCCCAUGUUCCCAGAGAGCUUCGGCAACUGGGGGCACGACAAUGAGCUGCUGGAGCCUCUGUCGGGCGUGCUUCCUGCCAACCGCAAUGUCCCAUUCAAAUUGAAGCUGCACGGCAUCGCCAAAGCCCUGGUGAAGGGGCAGGACACAUGGCCCCUGACCCUGAACCAAGAGGGCUACUGGGAGGGCAGCUGCAGCACAGCUGGCUGCCAAGAAGUCUACGUCAUGGUGCUGGAGAAUGCCAACCACAACUUCUACUCCUACAUCCUCAAGUAUAAAGUGAAUGCCCAGUAAGGGCCUGAGCUCCAGGCCCCCUGCCCCUGCCACACCUGCCCAGGGAGGGCCAAAAGGGAAGUGUAGAGGGACCUGGACACUACUAAGUCUGCAUGUAAUCACUUCUAGGCCUCUGCCUCGGUUUCCCCGCUCUGCCACGGGAGCUGCGAGGUUUGGGUCCUAGUGGCCGCACACAGAAGUCGUGGCGAUGGCUGAGGGGCCUGAGCAAAGGCCCUUUGGAAGAAAAAGGUGCUAUGUAAAUCCAAGGUAUUGUAAACUGUACUCCACUGCCCCAGGUGCCCCCUUCUCAUAUGAAUGCUGUUAUUGUUAGAGAGUUGAUGUGGGAAAAGCAGGUAACUGCCUGGGCUGAAAGCUUUUCACAUGAUGGUGUGAAAAUUCUGCCCCGUCCCCAUGCCCAAGAGGGACAUAAUUUGCAAGGCUAUGAACCCUUGAAUCCUAGCGCCCCAUUCAAGGAGCAUGGCAGGGUGUCUUGCCAACUCCUGGACCCCAGGGAACGCUGAACUAUCUAUCAUCUUUUCUCAGACCCGUCCAUCUUCCCCAUCCCUGCUGCCUCUUCUUUAGUCUCUUCAUGCUCUUCUAGAGCCCUAGGGAAAAAAAUAAAAAAAGCUGUGCGGAAGCCACAGAGCUCACAACCGCCCUCUGGACAGCUGGGAAUGUGAUGACCAGAAAAGGUGUGGGGAGGGGCCAAAGCAAAGCGCAGCCAGGACCCACUCCUGGGUGUCCUGGGUAGAGGCCGGGGAUGGAGGGAGGCCUUUGGCAGCAACCUAAGGACGUGAGAUCUCUGAGUCUGUGCUCCUUGGAGGAGCAGACAGGGCAGUUCACUCAGUCUAAGGACCGGGGGUGGCCCUCCCAGCUCUCCACAGCCUGUACCUCAAGGCACCACAUGCACCCUUCAUUAGGAGCCUCAAGAGGCCUACUUCGCCCUUUGGGAGACUUGUCUAUUAUAACCCUAAAUAAAGGCCUGGGUGGGGAGGUCGGGCAAGUGAGUAAGUCGUGCAAAUGCAGCCACACCGGGUAGGCUACCAUGAUCAGUUUUUGUGCUUGUCCCUGAGAAACAAAGCCCUAUCCCAUCUCCCUUGCUCCCUUUCUCUGAGGAGAGAGCCCCCUCAGGGCCUGCUUUCUGUGGCCCCUUGCUUGCUCAGGCCUGAGAAGUCUCAGCCUCCUGCCUGGCCCACAGCAGCGCCUCAGGCGUUGCCAUAGCAACAGGGAAAAGGCCGGCUCCAGCAAGGGCAGCGGCAAAGAGGAGGAUGGAGACAAGCUGUGCAGCAGCCGCUGCAACAUCCUCCCUGCUGGGGUGGUCCAUGUGGACCUCCUGCUUCUCCUGCUCUGCAACCUUCACCUAUGUCAACUGCCCACCCACCCGCAAGGCAGCACUGCCUAACACCUGCCCCCCAUGGCCACUCCAAAUGUCCCCAGACUCAGCCACAGCCAGGGCCAGCCCAGGAUCCUCACAGGUAAACCAAGGGCACCCAGCCCUGCCACCCCUGGCAGCAGCAGUCUCCCAGCCCCUGGGCUGCCCGAAGGUCCAGGCUCCAGACACAUCAGCCCUUCACCCCCUGGGGUCCCUCCUCCAAAAUCCCCAGGACCACCCAGCAUGGACCUGGCCUGGCCCAGGUUCAGGUCCCAGAGGUGCCCAUCCUCUGCUGGGCUGGAGGCUGUGGGCACAAAAGGAGCCCCCCUGCACCCAGGGGCUGAGCUACUCUGGCCUGUGUCCAGCCCCUCUGCCAGGCUCUGCCACCCAGUCACUCGGCACUGUGUCACUCGCCUGAAAAAUGCACAAAGGCCUCAGAGGCAGAACCCAGGCACACCACAGGGAAACAAGGGCAGUUUUUACACCCUGAAAACAGCCUUUUCUCACACCUUUGAUUUUAUGGACUGAAAGAAAUAUUCCAUGUUUCAUCAAAAUAAGUGGCUCCUGUGACCCUUGUCACUCGCUGAACACAAAACUGGCUGCCACAGCGGACAUCACUGCUAGUCCCGCCGAGGGCCACUCAUCAGUAAAAUCAACACAGUUAAUCAGUACUUUCUGUAGCGUGCAGAGGAUGCCACCCACAAAAUCGGAGCUGUCCCAACAGCAGGAGGGAGGCCCCGCUUUCUCAGAGCACCUCAUCCCCCUGCCUGUCCUUUAACCAGGCACCCCCUUUGUAAAGACAGCUGUAGAAACAGAAAAUUGUUUGCAUUUCUUUACACUGAAGUAAAAAUACAUGAAAUGAAAUCCAGUCCUUCAUGAAUUUUUACACGCAUGUCACUCAGGGUAGAAAUUUAGGGCUGCAUUUUGAAGUCUUUUAUUCAAAUCCCAUCUUUGUUUCACCUGGUGGAAGGGUUCUGGUCGCUGGUGGAAUGGCACGGGUUCCCCCUGGUGGACAAAGUGCAGAGGUGCUAGCUCGGCAAACCUCAGUAAGGCUGGAUCUUAUCACCCGGGGUUUUUACACCACACUUAAAAAAUGAUGUUGAGAUGUUUAUGUUAAAUUCAUUGGGUGCUUUCUCACGGCUGCAUGGCCCACUUCUCAGCGUUUCCUUAUUUGUACGCGGAAUGCAUCUUUGCCACAAACAAACUGUGAGGGUAGCCUUGGGGACUGCCUGGCACGGUGAGAAGAUAUGGAAUGUGAUAGGAAUUCAGAGUAUCUUGCUCAGAAAUCUCCUCUUGAAACAGAAACACUGGACAUAUGACUGGAAGGACAGCUUUGACCACAAUCAUUACUAUGCCAGUGAAGGAUUGAAACUGAUCAAACUCAAGAGAGCAUCUGCCCCCAAAAAGGCUGUCAAGGGUUGGGGAGUGUGGGGCCAGGGGGCUAUGAUCACAACUGCAAUUAACUUCUUUUCAGCUUGUUUCAGAAGAGUCAUCAGCACAGCUGGACUCCAUUUUCAAUCUGAUUAUGAUCACUGUGAGUUCCCCAUAUGUUACAUUGUCCCACCAGCACAAACUCCUCACAACCUGCUGAGAUUAAAAAGAAAUAGAUUAACUGAAGCAUGAAGGACUUAGGCUAGACAUAAAACGAUAAUUCCUGUUGUUAUGCAGGAGGGACAAGCUGCCAAGAAAGCUUGUGAAAUCUUUUCACACAAGACUCAAAAAGUAGGAAAGUUUUCCCAGUGGUCUGGUGUUUUAGGUGCCGUGCUAACUGGAAGGACGAAGUUCUCCUCUGAGUCAGUGAAUCCUUGAAAUACACUGGUUCACCCACAGCAAACAGGUUUAACCACAGUGCCACAUCGUUUUCUACUGGCAAAGUUUUAGAAGGUGGUGUGUGUCUAGGUCCCAUAUCAGUUUAUCUGAGGUCUAUAAUUUCUUUUCAUUUGGAAUAAGUAGUUGGAAAUCUGAAGAGGUGAUUACUUUUCAUGAUGUGUGCAUUGCAUUGUGUGGGCCAGUGGCUGUUAAGCUGUGUGCUUUCCCCCGCACUGUCG